AUGGCAGGGUUAAAUGUCAAAUUUGUGAUGGGAGUGUUAAAUGUCAAAUCAGUGAUGGGAGUGUUAAAUGUCAAAUUUGUGAUGGCAGGGUUAAAUGUCAAAUCAGUGAUGGGAGUGUUAAAUAUCAAAUCAGUGAUGGCAGGGUUAAAUGUCAAAUCAGUGAUGGGAGUGUUAAAUAUCAAAUCAGUGAUGGCAGGGUUAAAUGUCAAAUCAGUGAUGGCAGGGUUAAAUAUCAAAUCAAUGAUGGGAGUGUUAAAUAUCAAAUCAAUGAUGGGAGUGUUAAAUGUCAAAUCAGUGAUGGGAGUGUUAAAUGUCAAAUUUGUGAUGGCAGGGUUAAAUGUCAAAUCCGUGAUGAGAGUGUUAAAUGUCAAAUCAGUGAUGUGCAGUGUUAAAUGUCAAAUUUGUGAUGGGAGUGUUAAAUGUCAAAUCAGUGAUGAGAGUGUUAAAUAUCAAAUCAGUGAUGGCAGUGUUAAAUAUCAAAUCAGUGAUGGGAGUGUUAAAUGUCAAAUCAGUGAUGGGAGUGUUAAAUAUCAAAUCAGUGAUGGCAGUGUUAAAUAUCAAAUCAGUGAUGGGAGUGUUAAAUGUCAAAUCAGUGAUGGGAGUGUUAAAUAUCAAAUCAGUGAUGGCAGGGUUAAAUGUCAAAUCAGUGAUGAGAGUGUUAAAUGUCAAAUUUGUGAUGGGAGUGUUAAAUAUCAAAUCAGUGAUGGCAGGGUUAAAUGUCAAAUUUGUGAUGGGAGUGUUAAAUAUCAAUUCAAUGAUGGCAGGGUUAAAUGUCAAAUUUGUGAUGGCAGGGUUAAAUGUCAAAUUUGUGAUGUGCAGUGUUAA